AACUGAUAAAUGUGCGAGGAAGUUUCAACGAUUUUGAUCAAGACAUUCGUUUUUCGUAUAUUUUUACGUUAUUUUCCGAUCCAGUUUUUCCUCUCAGAUUCAAUAUGGGGACCUACUGGUUGGCUUUGAAAGGGCCCCGGCUGAUAAGAUUGCUGAAAUGCGACAACAAUGAGGGUAGAGACUACAUACCUAAUAUACUAGAGGCUGGUGGAGAUAAAGUUCUCAGAGUGUUACACACCUGUUUGUCUAUCUCAUGGUGGUCUUCACCAGUGAUCAUGACAGUUCUGUACAGACGAGGUUACUUUAACCAAGAGGGGCUGACUUCUAUAGGAAAGUUCCUGUGUUCCAUUAGUCUUGUUUACAUUGGGGCCUUCUGUUUGAGAGGUGUUGGAAGAUUAUGCAGUGCAGAUUAUAUGGUGUUCAUCAAUGUGUUAGCACAAGCUAUGACAUUCACCAUCUUUAAACAGCAGGGUAUGAUUUUGAAUUCUGGGCCUGGCCAGUGGAUUUUCGGUGGAAUGAAGGAUCAGAAGGGAACCCCGUCUUUGAUUGUUAAAGUUCUAGGAUACCUGGCUAUUCACACAUUUGGUCGCCGCAUGGUGUAUCCUGGUGCCACAUCUCUUAUGCAGAUGCUUUUGGGAAACAUGCUGAAUCAGGGACGUGCACAACUGAUAGAACAGAAGCAUGGAUAUAGAGCUAAACUACUGGCAGAAGACAACAAUGAGAUAGACACCAUGUUUCUUGACAGGCGGGGAUCGGCAGGAGUCAAUGGAAAGACACUGGUGAUCUGUUUUGAGGGAAAUGCUGGAUUCUAUGAGAUGGGUAGCUCAGGCACAGCUAUAGACUGUGGCUUUUCUGUGCUGGGGUGGAAUCACCCAGGCUUUGCAGGAAGCACAGGUGUGCCAUUUCCUGAUGCUGAGCAGAAAGCAGUGGAUGUCGUGAUGCAGUAUGCAAUCAAUAAACUAGACUUCAGUCCUGAAAACAUUGUGCUUUUUGCUUGGUCUAUUGGUGGGUACAGUGCUAGCUGGGCUGCCAUGAGCUAUCCAGAGGUGAAAUAUGUGAUUCUGGAUGCUACUUUUGACGACAUUGUUCCUCUUGCCGUCAAGACCAUGCCACAGUCAUGGAGUCCACUAGUAAAGUCAGCACUGCGAAACUACAUGAACCUCAAUGUAUCUGAACAACUCAUCAAGUACCCAGGACCAGUUAAGUUGAUCCGAAGACUUAAGGACGAGGUUAUUUCAGCACUGAACCCAAACAGCAUGAUGCCUGUCCUAUCAACAAAUCGUGGGAACUUUCUUCUCAUUCAGCUCUUGAAGUAUAGAUAUCCCAUGAUUGUAGACAACAGUACAGUUCCUCUACUUGAGCAGUGGUUAGCAGCAUCAAGAGGAGACCAAGACAACAUUUUAAUGGAACAUAGUGUAGACAUGGAGCAAUGUGCAGAAGAGUUCCGCUAUUAUCUCCAGGGACCAUUCCCUUGUCUACCCUAUGGCAAUAGGCCAGCAGCGAAGAAGUACCUUGAAGACUUUGACUCCUCCCACUGUACACCACUGCCACCAGAAUAUUUUCGCCAACCAUGGUCUCCUGGAUACCAACAGUCAGCAAGAACACCAGCCCACCAGCUAUGUACAUGGCAGGAUACAGCACAUAUAGGGCACCUGGGGAAAGAAGAUCAGGAAAGCAAGCUGAUUCAAAGAAAGAGACAUUUAUGAACAUGGAAAAGAGUUGCUGGAUAGGGGGUACCAACAGAGGUACACAUCCCCCAAUGUUGGUGAUGACAAAAAGAUAGACAGCUAUGGCAGUUGUCUUAAAUUUUGACCCAACCAACUCCACCAGCACCGCCAGGGCUACCCCUACCCACAUCUCACCUGUGUGUGUAAAGAGCACCACCUUUACUUUAUUCCAAAGUUUUCCCAUGGUUUGGCUUAGCUUAGACUUCCAUGACCUCAUGGGUCAAUUAUGCAUUCUUAUAUUUCAGUUGACCUUAGUUAUCAUUUGUUUGAUGCUUGUUUUAUCAAAUGCAAGCAGAGUCACUGAAGUUGACAGGCAAGAAGAAAGUUAUAUGUCCAAUCUUACAGCAACUAAAAACAAAACCCAAAUAAAAGCCAGUAUUAGAGCAAAUGGUAUUAAUUUUUAAGGUAUUAAUAAUUAAUGUUUAGUUUCAAUAAAUAUUUAUGGCAAAAUA